AUGUCAACUAUAGCACCGUCAGAAGCUGGCUUUGAUGUCGCAUGGGCGGACAGUGAGCCGAUUAAGUCGCUGCCACUUGCGGACCAGAUCCCGCGGACUGCCCACGGCUUUAGUAACGUCAAUAUCGAUAUUCCAUUGGAUUCUCAGACCUCUCUGUCAAUGGAGCUCACACAUGAAGCUGACCCUUGCGAUCGUCCUCGCCCACGCGGCCGUUCUGCCGUGGCCAAAUAUGCUCAAGAUGGACAAAACAGUCUUCGACCGUACGAUUCCGACACAGAUACCGUCCCAGCUUCCCCAAACCGGAUUGAAGCCGCGAAGAAGAUCGUCUCGCCCCAGUCAAUCGAGUCCACGCACAGCCCGCGCAAACCGAUACCAUCCCCAUGGAAGACAACUCAACCGCGCGCACCAGUCUUCCAGACCGACCGUCGCAAAGAGGAACGUGAGAAACGGAAGUCGGUCCAAGGAAGCCUAUCGCCUACAAAGUCUUUGCGAAGCACGUACUUGACAAAGGACGCGAUCGAACCAGUCACCAGCGACAUCACUUCAGCGCCCGGGCUACCUUCACCUACGAAGCUUCCGCGCCAUCAAUCGAAAGCCAGUCUGCAGAGCCCAUCGAGUUCACCGGCACGGAGCAGCCCACGUGAGGCGGCUAUGCUCAAGAUACAGGUCUCACCCGCUCGAAGCAACUGGUCAAACGUACAGGGUCACGGAACAGCGUCGAAUGUGCAGGAUCUGGGAAGGGCACCUAGUGUUACACCCAGUGUGACAUCGAAUCAGGGCACCGAGUACCAUUCUGCACAUUCGCCGGUGAGUUCGCGCGACACCUGGCACACAGCCGAAGACCAUGACCUAGAGCCACCUUUUCUAAGUUUGGUAAGCGCUGAUGACUUUGAGCAGGACCAGCAUGGACAAACGAGCAUCCGGGGGAAAUCAACUUCUCAGCUUAACUCGCACUCACGUAGCAAGACUGAGUCGCAUGUCACGGGACAGAAGGUCAUCAGGCCUGCUGUACCGAAUCUCACCUUGUGUAUUCCGCACAAUAAGCAAUCAACGAACCACAAGCCACCGUUCAAAGCAGGGUCAGCAUCCAGCCCCAAUUCUGGCUCAUCAGUGUCGCCUACAAAACCUUCAUCGCGAAUCCCACGCGUCGCUCACACCUUCGAUGCGGGUACAAAGGCGUCGAACCUAAAGCUAUCUCAGUCUACCAAAUCGUUGAAAGAGGCAAAGGGCUCUAGCAUAAUCAACAACUUCGUUAACGAUAGUCUUCAAGAGAGGCUUGCGUCUUUUCUCGAUAGUGUCGAUCCAAGCAUCCAUCCGGAACACACGCCUUUCAUGGAGGAAGACAUGUUCAUCGACGACAACGGACCUUUGAGUGAACCGUCCUCGAGGAAGACGAGCAUAUCAACUGUGAAAGCUGUCACUACUGCUGCUAAGCAGGUGUUUGCGCACAUGGAUCAUGUUGAUGAGCUUGAAGCACGAGAGAAGGAAAGUGUGGUCAAAAAGGGUAUUUCAAUGAUAGAAAAAUCCAAUGUCGAAGCUCCUGAACCGAGUCUUGAAGUCGCAGGUCCUUCGAGCGAGUCUCGACAGCAGUUUCUUCACCCCAGACGCCGAAGUCACCAGGAAAUGCUGCAAGACCGACCUACAUCUGUCAGUGCUCAUUCGCUACGCUCGAAAGCCUCUUCGGAAUUACGGGCAACUGCUCCUGAAUUCUUUCCCCGGCUGAAAGAUGAACUGCGAGCCUCGGCUCAGGAUGCGAUGACCACACAGUGGAUGCAGCCCUACGUCCACAAUCUUGCCUUCGAUCCGUUCGCCCUGGACGCCUACGGAAUGCCUUGGUUCUUCCAUAUGUAUCCAGUCCAAAUUAAGCAUUUUUACAAAUCGCCGAAGAAAUACAAGACCAUGCCUCGUGGGCGCAAGCGGGGAGAUGAUUCCUUGUCCCCGAAGAAGCUUUCCCGCCCUGCUUUGAUUAACGAACCUCUUCCACAAGAAGGACAGAAAGGAACCGAGCAGGAGCCGGCGAAUGAUGCCGUAUCGCCAUUCGCAUCGCAAAUGGAUGAGAUCGCUCGCAAUACCGCAGGACACCAGAGCAGGGAUACAACGAGCCCGAUGCGUAGGAGAUUCAUGACAUUGCCUCCUCGCAGUGGUCGCCCUCUUCGCGAUGUUGGCAACGGACUUUACGAUACUUUCGGCCGCGGCCGCUUCCGCCCCGUCGGGAUGCCUAUCGAGGCUACUGCUCCUUUCCCUGACCCAAUUCCUCCUUCCGGUCGUAAGAAAUAUGUUGGAUAUGCCAUCGAGCGCACUCGGGAUGGUUGCGGGGUUGUAGACAUCGACCGUGCCGCCGAAUGGGUGGGCAAAGUCUGCAAUACUUGCGAGCCGGACCAUUGA